AUGCCGCGCGCUCCCCGCUGCCGAGCCGUGCGCUCCCUGCUGCGCAGCCGCUACCGCGAGGUGCUGCCGCUGGCCACGUUCGUGCGGCGCCUGGGGCCCGAGGGCUGGCGACUGGUGCAGCGCGGGGACCCAGCGGCUUUCCGCGCGCUGGUGGCCCAGUGCCUGGUGUGCGUGCCCUGGGACGCACGGCCGCCCCCCGCCGCCCCCUCCUUCCGCCAGGUGUCCUGCCUAAAGGAGCUGGUAGCCCGGGUGCUGCAGAGGCUGUGUGAGCGCGGCGCGAGGAACGUGCUGGCCUUCGGCUUUGCGCUGCUGGACGGGGCCCGCGGCGGUCCCCCGGAGGCCUUCACCACCAGCGUGCGCAGCUACCUGCCCAACACGGUGACCGACGCACUGCGCGGGAGCGCGGCGUGGGGGCUGCUGCUGCGCCGCGUGGGCGACGACGUGCUGGUUCACCUGCUGGCACGCUGCGCGCUCUUUGUGCUGGUGGCUCCCAGCUGCGCCUACCAGGUGUGCGGGACGCCGCUGUACGAGCUCUGCGCUGCCACUCAGGGCCGGCCCGCGCCACACGCGAGUGGAACCCGAAGAGGUCUGGGAUGUGAACGGGCCUGGAACCGUAGCGUCAGGGAGGCCGGGGUCCCCACGGGCCUACCAGCCCCGGGUGCGAGGAGGCGCCGGAGCAGUGCUAGCCGAAGUCUGCCGUUGCCCAAGAGGCCCAGGCGUGGGGCUGCCCCUGAGCCGGAGCGGACGCCCUUUGGGCAGGGGUCCAGGGCCCACCCGGACAGGACGCGUGGACAGAGUGACCGUGGUUUCUGUGUGGUGUCACCUGCCAGACCUGCCGAAGAAGCCACCUCUUUGGAGGGUGCGCUGUCUGGCACACGCCACUCCCACCCAUCCGUGGGCCGCCAGCACCACGCGGGCCCGCAGUCCACAUCGCGGCCACCAAGUCCCUGGGACACACCUUGUCUCCUGGUGUACGCCGAGACCAAGCACUUCCUCUACUCCUCAGGCGACAAGGAGCAGCUGCGGCCCUCCUUCCUACUCAACUCCCUGCGGCCCAGCCUGACUGGCGCCCGGAGGCUCGUGGAGACCAUCUUUCUGGGUUCCAGGCCCUGGAUGCCAGGGACUCCCCGCAGGCCGCCCCGCCUGCCCCAGCGCUACUGGCAAAUGCGGCCCCUGUUUCUGGAGCUGCUUGGGAACCACGCGCAGUGCCCCUACGGGGCGCUCCUCAAGACGCACUGCCCGCUGCGGGCUGCGGUCACCCCAGUAGCCGGUGUCUGUGCUCCGGAGAAGCCCCAGGGCUCUGUGGCGGCCCCCGAGGAGGAGGACACAGACCCCCGUCGCCUGGUGCAGCUGCUUCGCCAGCAUAGCAGCCCCUGGCAGGUGUACGGCUUCGUGAGGGCCUGCCUGCGCCGGCUGGUGCCCCCCGGCCUCUGGGGCUGCAGGCACAACGAACGCCGCUUCCUCAGGAACACCAAGAAGUUUAUCUCUCUGGGGAAGCAUGCCAAGCUCUCCCUGCAGGAGCUGACGUGGAAGAUGAGCGUGCGGGACUGCGCUUGGCUGCGCAGGAGCCCAGGAGUGGGCUGUGUGCCGGCUGUGGAGCACCGUCUGCGGGAGGAGAUCCUGGCCAAGUUCCUGCACUGGCUGAUGAGUGUGUAUGUGGUCGAGCUGCUCAGGUCUUUUUUUUAUGUCACGGAGACCACGUUUCAGAAGAACAGGCUCUUUUUCUACCGGAAGAGUGUCUGGAGCAAGUUACAAAGCAUUGGAAUCAGACAGCACUUGAAGAGGGUGCAGCUGCGGGAGCUGUCAGAAGCAGAGGCCAGGCAGCGUCGGGAAGCCAGGCCCGCCCUGCUGGCGUCCAGACUCCGCUUCCUUCCCAAGCCUGACGGGCUCCGGCCGAUCGUGAACAUGGACUACGUCGUGGGAGCCAGAACAUUCCGCAGAGAAAAGAGGGCCGAGCGUCUCACCUCAAGGGUGAAGGCACUGUUCAGUGUGCUCAACUACGAGCGAGCACGGCGCCCCGGCCUCCUGGGUGCCUCUGUGCUGGGCCUGGACGAUAUCCACAGGGCCUGGCGCAACUUUGUGCUGCGUGUGCGGGCCCAGGACCCACCACCCAAGCUGUACUUUGUCAAGGUGGAUGUGACGGGCGCGUACGACACCAUCCCCCAGGACAGGCUCACGGAGGUCAUUGCCAGCAUCAUCAAGCCCCAGAACACGUAUUGCGUGCGCCGGUAUGCUGUGGUCCAGAAGGCCGCCCACGGGCACGUCCGCAAGGCCUUCAAGAGCCACGUCUCUACCUUGACGGACCUGCAGCCGUACAUGCGACAGUUCGUGGCUCACCUGCAGGAGACCAGCCCGCUGAGAGAUGCCGUCGUCAUUGAGCAGAGCUCCUCCCUGAAUGAGGCCAGCAGUGGCCUCUUCGACGUCUUCCUACGCUUCGUGUGCCACCACGCCGUGCGCAUCGGGGGCAAGUCCUACAUCCAGUGCCAGGGGAUCCCGCAGGGCUCCAUCCUGUCCACACUGCUCUGCAGCCUGUGCUACGGCGACAUGGAGAACAAGCUGUUUGCAGGGAUACGGCGGGAUGGGCUGCUCCUGCGUUUGGUGGAUGAUUUCUUGUUGGUGACACCUCACCUCACCCACGCGAAAGCCUUCCUCAGGACCCUGGUCCGAGGCGUCCCUGAGUAUGGCUGCGUAGUGAACUUGCGGAAGACAGUGGUGAACUUCCCUGUAGAAGACGAGGCCCUGGGUGGCGCAGCUUUUGUCCAGCUGCCGGCGCACGGCCUAUUCCCCUGGUGCGGACUGCUGCUGGACACCCGGACCCUGGAGGUGCAGAGUGACUACUCCAGCUACGCCCGGACCUCCAUCAGAGCCAGUCUCACCUUCAACCGCGGCUUCAAGGCUGGGAGGAACAUGCGUCGCAAACUCUUUGGGGUCUUGCGGCUGAAGUGUCACAGCCUGUUUCUGGAUUUGCAGGUGAACAGCUUCCAGACGGUGUGCACCAACAUCUACAAGAUCCUCCUGCUGCAGGCCUACAGGUUCCACGCAUGUGUGCUGCAGCUCCCAUUUCAUCAGCAAGUUUGGAAGAACCCCGCGUUUUUCCUGCGUGUCAUCUCUGACACGGCCUCCCUCUGCUACUCCAUCCUGAAAGCCAAGAACGCAGGGAUGUCACUGGGGGCCAAGGGCGCCACCGGCCCUCUGCCCUCCGAGGCCGUGCAGUGGCUGUGCCACCAAGCCUUCCUGCUCAAGCUGACUCAACACCGCGUCACCUACGUGCCACUCCUGGGGUCACUCAGGACAGCCCAGAUGCAGCUGAGUCGGAAGCUCCCGGGGACGACGCUGGCUGCCCUGGAGGCCGCAGCUAACCCGGCACUGCCCUCAGACUUCAAGACCAUCCUGGACUGAUGGCCACCCGCCCACAGCCGGGCCUAGAGUGGACACCAGCAGCCCUGUCACACAGUGCUCUACAUCCCAGGGAGGGAGGGGCGGCCCACACCCAGGCCCGCACCGCUGGGAGUCUGAGGCCUGAGUGUCUGGCCGAGGCCUGCAUGUCCGGCUGAAGGCUGAGUGUCCAGCACACCUGCCGUCCUCACUUCCCCACAGGCUGGCACUCAGCUCCACCCCAGGGCCAGCUCCUCCUCGCCAGGAGCCUGGCUUCCACUCCCCACACGGGAUCCGUCCUUCCCCAGACUUGCCGUUCGCCACCCCGCACCCUGACCUCCUUUGCCCUCCACCCCCACCGUGCCGGUAGAGACCCUGAGAAGGAGCCUGGGAGCUCUGGGAAUUUGGAGUGACCAAAGG